AUGGAUCCGGACAAGGCGCAUGCCUUACGUGUUUGUGGCCCUAUGAUCACUCAGUCUCUCGAUCCUGAUGCUACCUUAGAUUAUCUUUAUUCGAAGGGCUGGGUGUCCCACCAUGAAGUAGAGCUUGUGAGGCUUGAGAAGACAGCUCAGAACAAAUCUAGAAAGAUUCUUGAUCUAAUUCGCUUGCGUCCAACAGGUGCAUUUGAUGAUUUCUUGAUGUCCUUGGAUUCUGAAGGCUCAUUUCUGGCACCAGAGAUAAGAAAGCAUAUUGCUCCUUCUCCAUGUCAAAAAAAACAACAUAGUUUAUCAGAUUUAAGAGAACUGUUACUUGAAGGAGCAGUUCCGGACAAACCUACCCGCUACAUAAAUCGUCCGGAUCUAGUGAAUGUCCUAUCCAACAAACUACGAGCGUUAGCAGACCAUUUCAGGGUAGAUAAAGUGCCAAUAACUAAGUUAGCUGAAAUGGAUAUUAGACCGCAAUUUAAAGACUAUUCAAAAAGUGUAGGUGAUAUCAACCCACCUCCUACAAAUGCCUGGUUGCUUAUUCAUGGAUCACCUGGAUCAGGGAAGUCAGUUCUGUCGGCUAGCGUUCUACGUCAAGAGUCAGCUCUUCUUGUGGACUGCUUUCCUGGAGGUAUUGUUUGGAUGCAAGUUGGUCCGCUCUACGCUAAUAAUUCAAACUGUUCUACCUCGUCAAUUUUGAAUCAGAAUAUCAUUCAGUUAGUUAAUCGAUUAGAAUAUAGAGUAAAUAAGCUUGGUGAUCAUACUCAUGAUAAAAGUGCGAACCAGCAUCCAACUGGAUCUCAUCAAUUCCCGCUCUCUUCUUCAUCACCAUUAAAUGAAAGUCUAGAAAGACUCCGAAGAGCUCUUAUUCGUAGACAGCAACGUGUGUCUUGGGGUCCUGAUGAAGGCGGAAGUCUAAUUACCUCCUUGUUGCUGAUUAUUCUAGAUGAUGUGUGGGAUGUUGAAGUUGGACGAGUGCUUUCUGAUUUACCUGGCGCCUUUUUAGUUACUUCUCGAGAUUCAGAUGUUUUGGAACGAGUGGAAACCCCAGUAGAUAAACUGCAUUUAAACGAAGAUUUAUCAGAAGACGAAGUUGCCAGUCUUUUGUCUAUGUGGACUGGAUAUUCCUCGGAGCUGUUUAUUUCUUCUUGUAAAUCAUCUGAAAUUGUACCAGAUUCUGAGCUUUCACUAUCUGACUUAGGUCAAAUGACACAUGGAUCACCUUUUGCUGUUAGCUUAUUGGGAAGCUUAUUGCAUAAUCAGUUUCAUCGCCUUUCUGACUUCAUUUUUAAUGCAAAUGGAAGUGGACAUAGAUAUCUCGAUUGGAUGGCAAUUACACGUCCUAGUGCCUACAACUAUGAUUCUGUAUACCAGGUUUGUGGGAUCUUAUGGGAACUACCUGCAGAAAAGGCUGAAGUGAUGCUUUCUACAUACAGACGUUAUUCUCUAGCUGUUCGACAUUGGAUAUCCAAAGUAGCAAACUAUGGUUAUACUAUACACGGUCUACAAUUAGAUCUUUUGAAAUCGUCCAUUGACCCGACUGAGCAAGCAAAUUACCAUGGCAAAUUUAUUCAGAACUAUUCCACUUUCUGUCGUGGUCGAUGGUUGAAACUUGUGUCGUCAUGGGAACAUGUCUAUUUCUGGAAUCAUGCUGCUGAACAUUUAUUUAAAGCCGGUCAAUUUGACAAAUUAGUUGACUUGUUAAUUAACCUAGACUUUCUUCGUGGACGCUUGAAAAUUAUUGGCACAACACCGGUGAUUGCAGAUUUUCAACGUUUUCGUGCUGUUUUCACUACUGUGAAUAGAAUGGCUGAAUGGUUGGCCUAUCUUCGUUUUAUCCAAACGAACGCCUAUUAUGUCAUUGAUCCAACGAUUGUACAGGAUUAUGAACGAUCAAGAUCUCUAUGUCAAAAAUCACAUAGAAGCUCCGUAGUCAAUUUAGAUUUAUCUCCUCCUAACUUCGGACCUGAUUCUAGGUGUAUAAGUCCUGUUGAUUCACGACGGAGUCCAUUUGUGCACAAAAUGAAGUCAAACUCAGCGAAUGUACCAAAUCGUCUUGGUUAUAAUUCUACGGGACCCAAAGGCAUAGAUUUACUACAGUUGGGACUUAGUCUUUCACAGGACAACCCUGUAUUUCAACAAGCAUUCCAAUUACUGACUCAACGUUAUCAAGCUGUUUUGAAAAUGCAACCAUUUUCAAAAGAAGAUUUUUCUAAAAGUUUAUCAAUUGUGAGGGCAUUUAAAUACUAUUGGUUUUGGUGUAACAGUCAUAUUGCUGCUUCCCAACUUUUGUGGGCCAUUCCAACUGGAUCACAAGCUAUCACAUGUCUAGCUAUUGAACUGCCGUACACUGCAACAGAAAAUCUCACUGGUAUUGUAAACACAGAUAAACAAGAAGAUUCAGCUGAUGGGUUAAAUCAUUUGUAUUUAAAUAACCGUUUUCGCAAACGAUAUUUAGCUUCAACAAGUGAUGGUAGAGUAUUUCUUCUAGACGCGAAUUCUGGAUAUGAAGUUGCACUACAUCAGGUAUAUUCACCUGAGAUUGAGAUCAAAUUUUUAAACUUUUUAUCAAAUAACACUGAAUGUUUAACUUGUGGAUCUAACGGCAGUUUAGUAAUUUCAACACUUCCUGUUGCCGAACAAAUUCCAAGUGGAGAGUUUUAUCCUUUUGAUGAAAUCAUGUCAGAUGAUGAGAUUGAUCAACUUCCAAAUGAUUAUUUUCUACACCACAGGGGUAGUUGUGAUUUAGAUGCCGGAGGUAAUGACGAUGAUGAAGUUAGUGUCUACGGUUUAACUUAUUUGAAGCAAAAUGGUCGACAUUUGACAGAUGAAAGCGUCAAUUUUUAUGUAGAAUCGAAUGAUUCAGAUGCAUCUCAUUCAGGAACAAUUAGACGUCGAAAACGUUCAGAUAUGGCAUUAUCUGUAUUUGGUUCUCUACCGAUUGAUGUUCCAGCGCCAACUGUAUUGGCUGAAUUACCUCGACUAACUGAGAUAGCUCGAGUUGAUGGUGCACAGAAUAUGCCAUGCUGUAUUACUGCUGAGCCUAAGCAGUUGCUUCCUGACUUCACGUACCAGCUUCAGUGUAUAGCCGCUAAUCCCACGUUAGAUCUUUUGGUUAUGGUUGGUGAAGGUUCCCUUGAUUCUGUGUCACAUCGUGUAGAUGGAGUCAACUCAAGAACACUUCCGAAAUUACCGAAUGUCUAUCAUUUGAAACGUGGUGAUGGAAAAUUGAGACUUGAUUGUUCAAGGGAGUUAAAUCUUCCGCAUCUGUCUCCAGAUCAUUGGUAUUCACAACUAUGUGCUCAUUCCGGUGCGAAAGCACAUCUAACUUCUGUUUCAGAAGAUGGAAAUUUGAUUGCUGUUUCUUUAUCAGAUGGAUUUAUAUGGUUAUACAACCUAGAUGUAUUAAGUUGGAUUUCAUGUAUUUCAACUAAACUAUCGAUCGAUUUUGUAACAAAAUACCUAUCUCAAAGAUUUUCAGUCGACAUAUUUGAAGAGUAUGAAAAGCUUCAGUUGUUUGAUACAGAAACAUUACAUGCUGGAAUUGGACCUGCUGCAUCGUGUGCAAUAUUUUUGCCCCGUUUCAUAAAUCCGGACAGUUCGAGUGAAGUAGAGAAUGUACCUGUAUUUUUUGCAACAUCUUUAUCUACUCAAGUCAUGGUAUGGUGUCUACCUGAUAAUACAAAUCAGAUUUGUGAAUCAGAAAUUUUGAAACAAGAAACAUUAUGCCGUAAUAGUUUCCCUCGUUUACACUUCUCAUGUUCGUGCGCGUCCACAGUAUUGUCUAUGGAUGCACGCAUAGUUGAAGGUCAGUGUAUUUUAGCUGGAGGAACUGCUAGCGGACGAGUACUUAUUUGGCGUAUUCGUGAUGGUUGUAAAUUGGUAGAAUUAAGUGUACACGCUUCUUGGGUCACAGCUAUACGUUUGCUUCCAGAUGAAAUUAAACCUCCCUUUAGUGAAAUGUAUUUCGAUCACAAUACAAAUAGAGGAAGUUGUCUACCUAUCGGAUUGCUCACUGCAUCUGUUGAUGGUGUUAUUAAACGUUGGGAUGUUGGUGCAGCAUGUUUACCAUCUCCUAGUACUCCAACUCCUACCGGUCCAGUUUGGCCUUUUCAUAUGAGUUCAGGUUCUUCAUCUCAUAGACAUUCAAAUUCUUCGAAUAUACAAAACCCAAAUGCAGUACAUGGGCUUUGGACUGAGGUAUUUUCUGUUUGGUUUGGUGAAUGUGGUUCAUUGUUAGUAGUUGGACGACGCAGACAUUCUACUGACCUGCAGUUCUUAUUUCGACCCAGACAAUUGAAUGAAAAUGAUGAAAUAACUUCUUUAUUCCAAGAGAUUACUAUUAGACCUAGUCAAUCAUCCUACUGGAGUCCGUCAUCUCAAUGUAACCAGAAUAAUACUGUUAAAGUUCAUCCAUCUGGGACUAAUGGGUCACCGAAAACAAAUUGUAAAGCUACAACUAAAAGUCCAGUAAAAACUAAUCAUCGAUCAAGUUCCUCAUCAGAUAAUUCAAAGAAAUUCAAGCCUUCUAAACACUGGAUAUUAAAUAAAGGAGUAUCAGGUCUAGUGUAUGGAACUGCAACUGCUGUUUCAUUUUGGAAAAGUGGUUUUUUUGUGGCUGUUGCUUUUAAUACAGGAAAUGUCAUAGUAUAUUCAUUACAUUUUGAUGAUUCAAAAUUGUAUGGAAUAGUAAAGCGUUAUUAUCUACUGGCCAGUGAACCCGAUAAAAGGAAAUGUAAUAUUGAAAUGGAUAAGCAACGUCCUUCUUCUUCCUACUUUUCUACACAUUUGGAUGGUAUUCUACACCUUCAUACAUGGCCACAUGAUGAUCACCUUUCAGAGUCAACUAGUGUAAAAGAUUUUAAGCUUCUAGUAGUUGUUGGGAUUUAUGAAAGUGGAUGUGUGAAGGUAUGGUACCUAUCUGAUGUACAUCAUUCAGUUUCAAAUCCCAGUGCAUCAUGUGUAAAUGUGCACCCCUCGGAAUGUUGGUCGAAACUUCACAAUAGUGUAUGCUUUUCAAAAGGCUUAGUCAACAAUCGAAAUAUAAAGGUUGGUGUUCAGUCGGAGUACCUAAAUGAUUUUUCUACAAAUGAUAGUAGUGCAGUUAUUACCUGGUCUACGUGUCGUUUAAUUGAGCGAUCCCAACAUCCUUUGGUAUGUGACCAUCGAAGACACAAUACUCUGAAGCGAACUUCACUUGACAAUACUGCAAAUAAAAUGCUAGUUUGCUUCACAGCUGGACAUGACGGUCGUGUUUUUGGUCGUGAACUAUCCCUUCCUGAGUCAGUUAUUUGUCAUGAUGAAAGGCAGUCUAGUUGUGAGGAGAAGCAAUGGCAGUUAAACCUUGAUGCUCAUGUACCGAUGCCUGUAACAGACGCGGAUAUUGGACCAAAUGGUCAGUGGCUUGUAACUGGUUCGAGCGACCAAACUGCAAAGGUUAGUUAUUGAUUACUUCUAUGGGUAAAUUAAAGUUAGUUCUAAUAAGAUCAUUGAACUAAUUGCUACUUUCUUUGUUACUUUAUGUGAAAGGUAAUGCAGUAGCUAUAUUUCAUAUAGUUACUCUGCAAAAUUUAUCCUGCUUUUUAUAGUAACAUUUCUUAAUGACGUUCAGAUAUUCUACUCUGAAGACCUAUUGUAUUGUCUGUAACAGAUUGUGUGUUAUAUUUUAUUUUACAAAAUGGUAAUUUUAAUGUUUUAAUUAGUUUUACGGUUAUCGUUGACUUGUCUCGUGAAUUAGACUCACUUUUUCUUGUUAUCUUAUGCUCCUACAAUACCACCGUAAAAAUGACUUAGCGAUCAAUUUCCCUGGUUAUCGUUUAUGGGAUUUUCCUUUAUUUCAGGGACGUUUUUUGGAUGUGAUAUAAAUUCGGUUACGCCAUUUUAUAUUUGCAUUAGUUGAAGUGUUAGAAGAAUCUGGUUCACACAUCUCAUGCUUGUAGUGGAUCCAAAGAAAUUACAAGUUAAAUAUGAUUAACAAAAAUGGAAACAGUGAUGUACACAAGUAUGAAUAGUUAAGCAUUAUAAUACUAAAUAGGUAAUAUCAGUGUUAUGGAUAAUAAUGGUUUGCUUGAAUAUUAUCUCUUUGGUACUGUCCACCACAAUUUAGUAUACUCCAAUGUUAGUUCAGUAGACGAUAAUCGUUAGCGCUCCCGAGUCGAUGUUGUUUGGCUUAAUUGUCGUGAUAUUUGGAAGUAGGAUCAGAGGUCCUUUAAAAUCCAAGGACAAUUGAUGAGUAUUCACGUGAGACAGUAGUCGACGGAAGUAGAUGUCGGAGUGGGUAGAAGCACUCUAUAUUUCCACGUCUUAAAAGCAGAAGUAAGGUAAUAUAGUACCGCGACAACAAAAAUUCCAAUUUUUAAGUUGUACAGAUAAACAAUAUUCGUUUUAACAAACAUUAGGAAGAAUGUACAAAAUGUGUAAAAGGUGAUAGAAAUGAAACACUAACUUAAGUGAUUUAUACAUAAUUUCAUGCAGUCUCCCGACAGCUGUACGUCUAGAAAAUCCGGUGGAACUGCCUGGAAGAAGAGAGAAAGUUUUCAUACAAGGUUGGACCUAAAAUAUGUGCAGAUAAAAAGGAGAUUUAUACCCGGGGUUGUUAUUUAAAUGUUUAUUAUUUAGGAAACAAAGUAAUACGCCUAUCUAUUAAUUAUGAUUAUAAUUGUUCGAAAAUAUGCACAUUUCUUGAAUCACUUGUAAAACAUAUAUUUGUAUAAGUGCAAUGAAUAAUGUGAGUUGUGUGCGUUGUAUAUAGUAUAGUAGUAAUAAG